AUGUCAAACGCAUUAGAAGAAUUAAAAAAAUAUACCACUGUUGUUGCAGAUACAGCAGAUUUUGAUGUUUUAUCAAAAUAUGGUUCACAAGAUUCAACAACCAAUCCAUCAUUAGUUUUCCAAGCAGCAAGUGAUCCAAAAUAUAAAUCAUUAAUUGAUGACGCUAUUAAAUAUGUUAAUGCAAAGAGUGGUUUAAGUGAAAAAGAAAAGUUAUCAUUGGCAAUCGAUAAAUUAUUUGUAAACUUUGGUGUUGAAAUUUUAAAGAUUGUACCAGGUCGUGUUUCAACUGAAGUUGAUGCACGUCUUUCAUAUGAUAUCGACGCAAAUGUAAAGAAAGGUCGUGAAUUAAUUGCACUCUACAAAGAAGCUGGUAUUGAUAAAGAACGUGUUCUCAUUAAAUUAGCAUCAACCUGGGAAGGUAUUGAAGCCGCCAAAAUCUUAGAAAAGGAAGGUAUUCAUUGUAAUCUCACAUUGUUAUUCUCAUUAAUUCAAGCAGCUGCUUGUGCCGAGGCCCAAGUCACCUUAAUUAGUCCAUUCGUUGGUCGUAUCACUGAUUUCUAUAAAUCUAAACAAGGUGUCGCCGGUUUUGAAGCUUCAAAAGACCCAGGUGUUAUCUCUGUUCAACAAAUCUAUUCCUACUUUAAGAAGCAUGGUUACAAAACCUCUGUCAUGGGUGCUUCAUUCAGAAAUAAAGAACAAACCAUUGAAUUGGCCGGUUGUGAUUUACUCACCAUCUCACCAAACCUUUUAGAAGAGUUAAAGAAUGCCGAUGCUUCUUUAGUAACUAAAAAAUUAGAUUCAACUAAACUCCCAUCAGAUAUACCAAAUAAACUUGAUGUAUCUCAUAGUAACUUCCUUUGGGAAUUAAAUGAUAAUGAAAUGGCCUAUUUCAAAACUGGUGAAGGUAUUCGUAAAUUUGCUGAAGAUUUAGUUAAAUUAGAAAAUCAAAUUAAAAAAUUAUUAUAA